UCGUGGCUACAGGAUUGCCUGGCCUUCUAUAUUUUCCUACUUCUAACACACUUUGAGGAAUCAAAAUCCUAUUGAACUCUUGUGGUUUUCUCUUAAAUACGCAAACAUAGUAGUAAUCAACAAUGAGAUAGCAAACAGCAUAAUGCGCAUUGCAAUAGCAGGCUCUGGCGGCUUAGCCCAAGUUUCCGCCCACUACAUCAAUGAGACGGUACAUCCAUUCAUCAUUUUGUCAAGACAGGUUAGUGGACUUAAGAUCUCUGCUUUCCGAACUGAAUUUGACCAUGCCUUUAGACUCGACCAGAUCUAGAAUCACUGGGCUACCAAGAAACCGUAGUCAACUACAACAAUCAGGAUGAUCUCCGUUUUCAUCUUCGAGGGAUAGAUAUUGUUAUUUCAACGGUAUCUGGGACCCCCCAAAUCAACGUUAGUGAUGCCGCCGCUCAUUCUCGUGUCUCGGGUAACCGAUAUCCCUACAUCUUGCACACAUUUUAUAACCUCAAAAAUUAUCAAUCAUAUGAAUUAAAUCACUAUUAGUAUAGCUACACAAAACAUUAUAAAGCUUAUACUAGUUCAUAUUGAAGAGUAAAAAUAUCCUCAAUAUAUUUAUAUAGCAAAAUUAUUUGGAAUCAAUUGUUCUAUACUUUUUCGAUGUUAUAAAAAUAAAUCAGUCUUCUAUAAUAUAGUCUAUACUGAUUUGUAUCAAUGCCUUUUGU